UGUUAGUGCAUACUGUGUUGAAUGGAAUGAGGGUUGUUUUCGUCUUGGCUCUCGUGGCAAUCGCCGCCGCCCGCAUGGCCUACGAACUCCCUGACGGCUCCGAAAGUCUUCUCCCAGCUAGUCUGCAGACCACCUUCUCCUGCGACUCCCGCCCUUACGGCUACUACGCUGAUGUAGACAACGGCUGCCAGGUGUUCCACGUGUGUGUCCCGGUUGUGGACGAGGAAGGGGAGACCCUUGAAACGGCUCACUUCUCCUUCGUCUGCGGAAACCAAACCAUCUUCAACCAGGAGACUCUCGCCUGUGCAUAUCCCCACGCAUCUCCACCUUGCUCGGAGGCUCCGUCUCUGUACGAAUCAUCUAAUGCUGACUUCGGGAAGAUUCCCGAAGAUGAUUAGGAUGAGUCGAUGCCAAAGUCACGACUAGCUAGGUUUUCGAAUGCGUGUUCAAGAUUCAAGCAACCUGACAGAUUUUUGCGGUACCAGACAACACUUAUCUUUGUGUCCUCUCUCAUAUUUCCCAAUCGUAUUUGAUGGCCUUUUCUUCGAAUUCUUCACUUUUUGCUUCUGAUAUUUUUGCUAUACAGUUUUAUACAGUUCUCCUGCUUUGGUUAGCGUUAAAUUUUAUCUUAGCUACAAUGUUUUCCUGUCUGAUGGGAUUGAUAUUAGAAUUUAUUAAACACUAUGUAUAUAACCAACUGCUUGCUUGUGCAUAGCUAGUUAAGGUGAAAACGUGAAUUAUUUAUGCAAUUUUUUUUCUCUUAAACCCAAACCCACGUGAAAUUAAAAAUGUUCCCAUUUUGAUUAUAGGUAAAUAUUAAGGAAACUUUAGCGGAUACACAAUUUUUUUUUAUCUAACAUUUACAUAUUUUUGCAAAACAUUUCAUCGAUUAGCUUUCGCAAACGCUUUAGCAGUUUUAUACAGAAUGUCCCACAAAUACACAAAAUAUACAACACUAUGUUCUCCCAGUAUCUUUAAGAGAUUUACAAUUUUACACGCUCUCUCAAUACCUACAUCACAUUGGCAAGACAAACGAUAAAACAUUUAUGCAUUGUAUAUUCAACAAACACACAGAAAUAGAAAUCCAUGUAGGUGCUCAUUGUUCCCAUGUAAAAUCUUCACGUCAUAAUCACAAACUAUUAUAAUCAUACGUUUAGGCUCAACACUUACCCUCUCAAUCUCCAAAAAAUACCGGAGUCAUUUAGAACAAUGCUGAGGCAUUCAGGCCAUUUGCUUUAUUGUUUUCCAAUUCUUUUCGGUUAGGGAUGUUCUGGAUUCUCUGCUCAUAUAAAUGAUAUUGAUUAACCUUCCCUUUUUAUUUCUAUUUCUUGUAUUGGUGAUGGGAAUUCAACGUUGGAAUACACCAAAUUAGCUUCCGUUUGAAUAGUGAUUCAUCUUGAGUCUAUUUCGUUUUCACCUUCAUUCUAAAAGAGCUAUUCGAGCGUACUGUGUGAUGGGGUGCCUCUUUUAAGUAUGUGAUAUGCAGAUUAUACAAUUCUUGUAAAUAAACAUUAGAUACAUCAGUUACAAA